GGAUAUCCCCUUGCCUGAAGUCUAGUAGUCUACCUAGCUGUCAGUCUCCUGUCAAGCUCUUUUCCUGUCAGGGCCAAACCACUCAAGUCCAACCGUACAACAUCCAACUCACCAAGACGAUGCAGUCCAAGAUCAAGUCCAUCCUAGAGUCCGUUCGUUCACCAGACAGUCCGGACUAUGGACGGAUUCGCACAGACGACGACGACGAAAAGCUUGAAGAUGUCCAGCUCGAUGCACCAAUCCGGAGCCACGCCAUCGCUAGAGAGCGGCGCAACAACCGCAUUCUCCUCACAGCAGUGUCUUUCCUCUGUUUGGGAUGGCUCACAACAGUGGCAUUCUGGUACAAGACCGCACCAAGAAACAAUGGACCUCUGCAUGUCUACUCCAACACUCCCAUCUCGAAGGAACUUUUCAUUCCUGUGAAGAAGGUGUUUCAACCAGACGAGCGUUAUAUCGGUGGCACUGCGGAGGUUGAGAGGGAAUGGGAUAAACUGGUUGCUGGCCAUGAUGCCGUCUGGAUCGAGAACCCCAAGCAAUGGGGACUUCCUCAGGGCAUCGUCGCCCCAUACGAUCAUCCAAACACUCCUGUCCCGAAGCCACAAGAUUUUUACGUCAUCUCCAUCCUUCACCAGCUCCACUGUCUGAACAUGAUCCGCUACCAAUAUUACGUCGAAAAGAACAAAAACUCCGAGUCCGGAAUGACCAUGCGAAUGAGGGACAAUCUUGACGAGGAACUUGGACCAGACCCAGAUGAAGAGUUCAAGUGGAAGGUCCAUGUCGAGCACUGCUUCGAGUACUUGCGCCAGGGAAUCUCCUGUGGUGGUGAUCUGAUCAUUGAAGGCAACAGUCCCAUCAAGGUUGGAAAGGGCCAUGCAACUUCCGUGACCGGGUGGGGUGUUGAACAUGAUUGUAUCGACUUUGACAAGUUGAGGCAGUUUCAGAUUGAGCAGGAGGCGAAGUAUAAUCUGACGUGGCAGAAACCUCAGUAG